AUGCAGUCGUCUCUCAUUCUGUUGGCUGUCGCCAGCCUGGCAAAUGCCGGAAACGUUUAUAGAAGAGAGAGCUCAACUUGGGCUGACUGGUCUUCGACUACCACCACGACCUCGACCACCACGACCACGACUCCCUCGUCAACUGUCGCCCCUACCACGUGGAAUGACUGGACCAGCACAACGACGUCAACGACGACAACGACUACUCCUUCGUCAACUGUCGCCCCCACCUCGUGGAAUGACUGGACCAGCACCACCACGACUACAACUCCCUCGUCGACUGUCGCCCCUACCACGUGGAACGACUGGACCAGCACCACCACGACUACGACGACAAAGACUGUCGCCCCUACUACGUGGAAUGACUGGACCAGCACCACCACGACUACGACGAAGUCCGUCGCACCCACCACGUGGAAUGACUGGACCAGCACCACGACCACAAAGUCCGUCGCUCCCACUACGUGGAAUGACUGGACGAGCACAACGACGACAAAGUCCGUCGCACCCACCACGUGGAAUGACUGGACCAGCACCACGACCACAAAGUCCGUCGCUCCCACUACGUGGAAUGACUGGACCAGCACCACGACCACAAAGUCUGUCGCACCCACCUCCCACUGGAAUGACUGGACUAGCGCAACGACGACUACCCCUGUUCCCGUCCAGCCUACGACCUCUCAUUGGCAAGAUUGGACUAGCACAACGACGACUACUCCGGUUCCCGUCCAGCCUACGACCUCUCAUUGGCAAGAUUGGACUAGCACAACGACGACUACUCCGGUUCCCGCCCAGCCUACGACCUCUCAUUGGCAAGAUUGGACUAGCACAACGACGACUACUCCGGUUCCCGUUCAGCCCACGACCUCUCAGUGGCAAGAUUGGACUCCUGCACCUGCCCCGGCCCCUGUCGAGAGUACUCCAUCGCCCGUUACCAGCUGGGCUGAGUGGUCAACUCCUUCGGCGCCUGAGUUUAGCACCUGGGCCACUAUCGCUGUGAGCAGCAGCACAUAUGCUCCGCCUCCUGCGCCAGUCGUCAGCAGCAGCGUCUGGACAAGCGUCGCUCCGGUCGCUAGCACUACUGCCCCUGCUCCGGUAGCGACGUACACCGGCGCUGCUAGCAGCAACAACAAGCCUGCCGUGGCGCUCCUUGCCGGUAUUGUUGGCUUGGUCGCCCUGGCAUAA